AUUUUCUAAAAUUGGCUUAAAGGUAUUAAUUGAUAGUUUCUCUUGAAAAUAUUGCUUUGAGUCGCCGUCGAAUUUUUACUUUAAAAGUUGAAACUCGACCAAUGAGACGUUUACUGAAAGGUGAACUUAACUUAUCUCUCAGUAUAUGCUAUUAAUUCAACACUGUUCUCAACCCUGUUUAGAUAUUUGGUGAUAACCUAAAAACCGAUUAAUGUAUAUUGUUUAAACCGAAAAGAUUGCGAUUUUAUCGAUGGUUUUGACGCCUUUUCGCACUAGAGUUGACAGAUUUUCGAGUAUUCUUGAAUGCAACACAAUCACCGCACUUGCCAGCUCUAAAGUUGUCCCAGAAUGAGCAAAACGACGGUAUACACUUCUCCUCGUUUUGACAGAAUGGAGCUGUUUCGGAAUCGGGAUCGUGACUGUGAACUUCGCUGAUGGAGGAGAAAGUGCUCGGGAUCGCGCCGCACUCGCUGGCAGUGGUGCUGUCGAGGCUGAGCGGCCACCGUGAAGACGACACCUCGGUGCCAGCACCAUCGGCGGUGCCGGCGGGGUACCAGGUGUUUGCGGACUUCAAGGCCACCAACAUGGGGCAUUUCUGGAACCAGGCGCUCACCCGAGCCCUGGCCGAGGUCUUCUUCCUGGGCUGGCUCGACGAGCAUGUGCUGCUCAUCCGCGGCCGUGAAGACCACCUGCAAGUGCUCAGGAACGGAUGGACAAGAAGGACCCUGAAGGCACCGCCGGGCUUCCACAUCACCUCCAUCGGUGACGUGUCGCCCAUCAGCAUGUCGCCCAUCAGCCAGUCCCAGUUCAUCCCGCUGGGCGAGAUCCUGUGUCUGGCCAUCUCGGCCAUGAACGCCGCGCACAAGCCCGUCAGCCAGGAGGCUCUGGUGGAGCACCUCACCGCCAGCUUCCCAGGCGUGCCGACACCCAGCUUGGAGGUCCUGCGACACACCCUGAACAUGCUGGUGCGAGAAAGGAAGAUCUACCCGACUCCAGAGGGCUACUUCAUGUCAGGUAACGUCACGCCGUCCUCGCCCGUUUGCCUUUCGGAGAGGCCCCCCCGCAAGAAUCACAAUGACUCGUACGCUUCCCAACGCGAGGAGGCGCCCAGGCUUCAGAGUAAGACGCCAAAGGAGCAGCAGAAGUCCGAAGCCCAAACGAGUAAGACCCCGAAGGACCGCGGCGGCGGCGGCGAACCUCUGGCGAGCAAGGAGCACCGUGGAGAACCGCCGUCCUACCCCUACCCGCCUCCUCUCACAUCCCCCCCUGUCCAGCGAGCGUCCCAAGAUCCGGCAGACAAGAGCAAAGGCGUCCCAUCGUUCCCUUACAAAACGGACACCCUGACCAAAAAGAAAGAGGGCAGCGCGAGCGGCGAGAAACAAUCCAAGCGGUUCGGUCUGCGCCUCUUCCGGCUGAGCUUCAAGAAGGACAAGAUGAGGCAGCUGGCCACCUUCUCGGCGCAGUUCCCGCCGGAGGAGUGGCCGCUGCGCGACGAGGACGCGCCCGCCGCGCCCCCCAUCCCCCGCGAGAUCGAGAUGGAGAUCAUCCGGCGGAUCAAUCCCGACCUGACGGUGGAGAACGUGGCCCGGCACACGGCCGUGAUGAAGCGGCUGGAGGAGGAGCGCGCGCAGAGACACAAGACGGGCUCGUCGGCGCAGCACAGCGCCCGCAGCCGACGGGGCCGCGGCCACCGGCGGGCCCCGCACGGUAAGUCUCGCUCGCACAGCAAGCCGCGGACCUCCCGGGGGGAGCCGUCGGAGGGUUCGAACUGGGAUCUUCUUUUCAUGGAAAGGGAUUACCGUUUCUUCAGCCACUCGCUGGUGCGCUCCCCUCGGGAGGCCACGUACACCCUGGAGCGCCGGCGGAGCGGCGGCGCCACGUACCUCGUCCACAGCAACCCCAACAUCACCGAGUCGUACUGCCCCGUCACGCCCGAGUGGGACGUGUCCGGGGAGCUCGCCAAGAGGCGGACGGAGAUGCCCUUUCCCGAGCCCUCGCGGGGCACCUGCCAGUCCAGGGUGCAGAGGAGUCACAGUCACAAUCAGGACCGCAAGUCGCGCCACGACCGCUCGGAGCGGGCCAAGGAACGAUCGCGCUCCAUGGACAACUCCCUCAAAGGCCCCUCGCUCGGCCCGCCGGAAGACUUUGAGGCCGGACCGGACGAGCGCGGCCACUACUAUACGGACGACGGCACCCUGCGCGCCACCCAGAAGUCGGGCCACUACUCAAGGAUCACCUUCUCUGCUGCGAAAUUCCACUCCGAUUUCAAUGUGCCUGAUUUGGGGAAAGGGAGCGCGGACGAGUUGCGGCUCCGCGGGACGACGGAGAGGAACAAGAGCAGAGACAGCCUGCCGACGUACAACGAGCUCAUGGGACUUUCUCCAAAGCCCUCGACGGACGAGUACUUCCAGUGCAAUACGUCAAACGAAACAAUCCUAACCGCCCCCUCGCCUCAGGCAAAAUCAGAAUAUGACACGUUAACCUCAUCGGGAGGACGCCGAAAGGGCUCUCCGGCCGACCGCCAAACGCCUCGCCUCACCUCUCCGCACAAGAUGGAGUACAAGGAGGACGCGUCGGCGACAAAGGGACAAAACGCCGGCGGCGGCGGCGGCGGCUCGGUGCGACUGACGCCCAGCCAGACGCCGGAGCCGGCGCAGAGUGCCCGCCUGACGCCGCACCAGCACAACGUGGACCCCGGAGGGGGCGGCGGCGGCGGCGGAAGCAUGUCCAUCAAGAGGAAGGAGAUCUUUAGCAAGGACACCUUGUUCAAACCCCCACACAACGCCUUGUCCGCAGGCUACGCCGACAGCUACACCAAGUCUGGCACACCGCGGAAAGCCUCGCACGGCAAAUCAACAGAGGCCCUCGACAAUCCCGAGCCCCAGCAGCCUUCCAAUUCGGCCGCGUCCUCGGCUUCGCCCGCGCUGCUCCAGGGCUGCUUAGAGCCCGCCAUCCCGUCCGCCUCCUUCGACUACUACAACGUCUCAGACGACGAGGAUGACGAGGAGGCGGAGGGGGACUCGCACAAGGACUUGGUCGCGGCGGAGGAUGGUGAGGACCGUCGAGAGGCGGGUGGCAACGGCGGGGGGAGCGGCACCGGCGGAGGCGCCGUUGUGGGCGGCGGCGGCGGCGGGGACGGAACCAUCAAGUGGUUACUGCAGCGGGAGAAGGAGCAUGAUCUGCAGCGCAAACUGGAGACCAAUCUCACCUUGCUCAGCCCCAAGGAGACGGAGAACGGCGGCAGCCAGAAGUCAGCUCACUCGGCUCGCUUGGACAGCAUGGACAGUAGCAGCGUCACGGUGGACAGUGGAUUCAACUCACCGAGGACGCGCGAGAGCCUGGCGUCCAACACGUCCAGCAUCGUGGAGAGCAACAGGCGGCAGAACCCGGCGCUGAGCCCCGGGCACCACGUGGGCCCGGGCGGCGCGGGGCUGCCCUUCAGCUUCCGCGCCAUCCCCGAGCCGCCCGCCGCGCCGCCACCCGACAAACUCCAAAAGCCCGCCAACUGCCUGGCCUCCAUCACCAGCGUGUAGACGCCGCCUCAAGUCAGCCAGUGGCCUCCCUUCUUUGGUUUUGCUUUUCUUUCGUUCGCUUCUGGUGUCACACACAUUCACACACCUGGGACUGUUACAAACAAAAACAAAACAGGCAUGGCUUCGAGAGACUGUUCCCCCAGCUUCAACAGGAACCUGACUGCAAAAAGUCAAAUCAUAAUAAUAAGGAAAGGCCAGAAAACUUCAUCGAAGACUUUUUUGGGGGUGACUUAUAACGGAGAUUUACCGGUAUUGGAAAGUAGUAGAGUAUAGGAAUUCAAGUACCAUUUGGAAGCUUUUUCUAUCACCUCAUGUCCAAUUCAGUGUUCUUCUUCCCGAACGAAGGCUCGCCGGAUCAGCACAAUGAGGAGAUCGCCACAAGAAGAAGACGAAAAGGAGGGAAAAUUGAAAAAUUAUAAUGAGAUAAGUCCGCUCGGGUUUGUGUGGCUCAAUGCAAACGAUGUAAUGUAUACUCCAUACUUUUGAUAUUCUAAUUAUUAUAAUGGUGGUAUUAAAGAUGCUAUGUGACCAAAAAAAAGCAGGUUUGGACAAAAUGGCCUCCAUCCUUACACUUGAUAUUUUGUUCGUUAGCAGAAGAACUGUUUUGAAGUAGCCCGGCUCCUUUCGCAAAAAAAAAAAAAAAAAAACUCGCAACUGGGACAAAUCCAGUUCGCUGCGACCCGAAUGAGUUUAACUUGUAUAGAAAAUGAAUGCUCGAGGUCUCGGGUGAUGUCAGGCGAACCCGCCGGCUUAUAUUAAAAAAAAAA